ACGUCGCGUCGCGUUGCCACGACGCGUUGUCAUCUCUGUGCUUUGCCUGCCUUGCGCUGCAACGUUCUGCCGAUCCUGGCCAGGCGCACUCACAGAGCCAGAGUGAGACACAGGGAUAGUGUGUGUGUGUGUGAUAGAGAGACAUGGUGGAGCGCAUUAAUACAACGGCCGCCAUGGUCGCCCACAUGGCGCCCAGUCGCAGCACCACGCCGGACCAGCUGGCCCGCCUCAUCGACGUGCACCUGGGCGAGCUGCGCGAGGUGCUGCCCAACUGGACGCUGGCGCCAUCGCCCGUCGCCGGCCGUGGAGUGUUCGCCACCCGGGAUAUUGCCGCCGGCGAGCUAAUCUUCAGGGAGCGCGCCCUGGUCGUGGGGCCAACUGCGCGCAAGGGCUCCCAGCUGAACACAUGCGUCUGCUGCCAUCGGCUGCUGGGUGCCAAGCAGUUCCUCUGCCCGCAUCGCUGCACGCUGCCCGUGUGCGGCGAGUGCGCCGAUUCGGAGGCGCACCACAAUGAGUGCGCGCACUUUCAGCGCUGGCAGCCGAAGGAUCUGAGCGAGGAGUGCAAGGAGCUGUUGCCGACGGGCGAGCCAGUCGACGUGGUGAAUCCGCUCUCGCUGCGCAUCCUGACCGCCGUGCGCGUCUUCUACCUCAGCAAGGAGCAGCGCGCCCUGGUGGACGCGAUGCAGGCGAAUGCGGAGCGUGGCUAUCGCCAGGAGAUCAUCAAGGCGGCGCAGUGCUUCCGCAAGUUCCCCACCACAGACAAGCCCUUCAUGGAUCAGCUCUUCCGCGUCGUGGGCGUCCUCAACACGAACGCCUUCGAGGCGCCCUGCCGGGUCGACGGCCAUGAGUCGCUGCUCCGUGGCCUCUUCCCGCUGACGGCCAUCAUGAACCACGAGUGCACGCCCAAUGCCAGCCACUACUUCGAGAACGGGCGGCUGGCCGUGGUGCGUGCGGCGCGCGACAUACCCAAGGGCGGCGAGAUAACCACCACCUACACCAAGAUCCUCUGGAGCAACCUCACGCGCGGCAUUUUCCUCAAGAUGACCAAGUACUUUGUGUGCAACUGCGACAGGUGCAACGACAAUUCUGAGAACGGAACGUAUUUGUCGGCUCUGUUCUGCCGGGAGCAGGGCUGCAAGGGCCUGGUCAUUCCCGUGCAGACGAAGACGCUGCAGCCGGACUGGCGGUGCCUGAGCUGCGAGAACGUCUUUCCGCAUGCCAAGAUGGCGCGCUACCAGGACUUUGCCCUCAACACGAUCAACAAUCGGAUCAACACGUGCAGCGUGCGCGACAUGAUUCACUUCAUCAAUGAGCUGUGCCCGCGCUUCUGUCCGCCAUCCAACUACGUGCUGAUCGAGGCCAAGCUGAACGUCAUCUGGCGCAUGACGCGCAUCGGCGCCGAGGAGUACACGCCCGAGGAGCUGGCCCACAAGGAUCGCUAUCGCGAGGAGAUACUCGCCAUACUCCAUAAGCUGGGCGCCGGCGAGUGCACGCUGAAGAAGCUGAUCAACGAGGAGAUACAGUGAGCCCUGACUGUUGACGGACACCCAUUGCGUGCAUGUGUAUAUGUGUAUAUGUGUUUACGUAUCUUUGUAUGUGUAUGUGAGUGUUGUUGUCUAUGUGUCUGCGCGCGUGUGUGUGUGUGUGUGUGAAUGCCGUGGAAUUGCUGUAGCUAGUAAAACGUGUCUAUUUUUUUCCUCUUUCUUCUAUUUUGUAAUCACUCUAGGAAUACAAUGAAAAAAUAAAUAAAUCCAGCUCUACAACAAAACUGCA